AUGUCCAAUCGCGCCUCCUCGGCGUCAUUCCGAGUAGGACCUCCUUCACCCUCAUCUCCUGCCGCUUUUUCUCUCAAGGAGAAUUCUCUUACGGCAUCUCCCCCCGGUCAGAUUCCACAGACCCCGACAUCCCCUCCGUUGAUGUCGGGAAGCGCUUCGAACAAUGCCUCCAGUUUCGCAUCCUUGCAAGCAUCUCCUAGUCAGGCGACAUCCCAACCUGCGAACCUCUCCUCCCCUCCUUCCUCUACGCCUAUGUCUACCCAGGCCUCCCAGCAGCCGACAGCAGGCAUGACGAAUUCGUUCCCAACUCCAGCCAGCAGCGUGGAUCCCGACCAUAUAGACAAGUCCUUCGGGGCCAGUGUGUCGGAAAUCGGAGCCCCCUCCGCUGCUAGUACCAGUGCGGCGCCCAGUCAACAGUCAGAACACAGACGGACUGAUCACGAUCGGAAUUUUGAAGGAUCACAGGCAACAACAGGAGUUCGCGAUUUGGCGAAUAUGGCCAGCUCUACGCAGGCUCAUCAUGGCGAUGCCAUGGACAUUGAUACAGAUAACCCUAACUGGCCCAGCUUAGACUCACUGCAGAGAGAUUUCUCAUCGGCCUUCCAUCUUUGCAAAAGCUCCCAUAUUGCGACUGGACCAGACCCUACACUAGACCUUAUCUCGCUGUACGGGUUAGGACCUGUGGCGAAAUCGGUUGCAAGAAUGGACCCGGUCACGGGCGAGAAGAUCAAUAGGCUUCGGAAGUCAUACGAGGGUAAACUGAAGGGCCUAGGUCUUGCAGGAAGGAACAAACCGGUGAAAAUCGAUUCUACUACUGCUGGUGGACUCAGGCACAUGACGAUGUGGCCGGAAGAAGAAUGGCAAAACCAAAAAGUUUACGGCAAAGAAAUUAAAGUGGCAGAUAUUGAUUCAGCGUUAUACAAUCUCCAAAUGAAGGCCAUGAAAAUGGAAUCGGGGACGGUACCGAACAACGAUUAUUGGGAAGACGUCUUGGGUCAUGAAAAGCCAGCGAAACAUGUCAGCAAUGGAGAAGUCGCCAAAAAAGUUGCUGCUGCCCCGAAUGGUGUACGGGUACCUACUCAAACGAACGGUUCUUCUGCACCCACAGACCAAGAGCGAUCACGGCCCAGCCGUGGGCGGAAGAGGCAUUAUGACGACAACAGUUUUGUUGGCUAUGGUGAAGGCUACGCCGAUGAUGACGAUGAUGGCGCAUACUAUUCAAACGGCGAAGGAGUUGGGAAGAAAAAGCGAAAGAAGGAUCAUGUCUCGAAGAUAUCUACGCCUCUCCCAGAGAGAGGCGGUAGCUAUGGAGUGGGGAUGUUUGGAAUUGGAGCUAGGUGA